GCAUCGCAGUCGACGUCGUACCAUCGUCUCGUCAGCAGUUGGCGUCCGCGUACGCUACGCUCGCGUCGCGUAAACCGCGUGUAAAAAUAACAGCGCACGUCGAACACCAUCAUCAUCAUCAUCGAGAGUGUGAUCAAACGAACGUGUGUGGUUAUCACUAGUUAUCACGCUUCACUAGUUUCCUAAUAGAUAUUGACAUUGUUGAAAGUAGCGAACUUUUGCUGCUGGUUGCUCAGUGCACAAACUGUGCGGAACGGAACUAAACAAUAAGUCGCAUUACACAUUACAACCACGUGUUUACAAACUUUAUCAACUCAAGUUGAGUUUCACACAACGUAAACUUCUUGGACUAACACGUUAUAAUAGUUGGGGCGGCGAUUGAAAGGAAAUUCGCCGCGCGCUCGAAAUGUAACACUGACGAUGCGCCCGCCGCCGCUUGCCGCAACGAGCACCGGCUUUGAUGUACACGCCACGAAGGACAAGAUAGGUCGAUCGAAGGGCGCGCCAUCGCCAUCCACAACGUGGGUCAGCGUCGUCGACGCGGUCAUCAUCAUGGGCGGCGGUCGCGUUGAACCCGCACGCCGCCGCCGCCACCGCACGUCUAUGCGUGCGACGCCACCCUCAUCGCUGUCACCCGUACUAGCCGGCCGUUAAUAGUUGCAGAAUGAGUGUCGAGCUUUGGCGGCCGGCCACAGGUCGACCCGAGCAAUGAACAAACUCCGCACCACGUUCAAGCGGUCGCGCACACCCACCGGCGCCGAGAUGAAAACCCAGAGUAGCCUCGAGGUGCCCAAGCAGGUGCGCAGCGCCUCCUUCGAUGAGAUCCAACUGGAGGCGCAGCGGUUACACGCCCAGCAGGGCGAAGCCGGAUCGCUGCUGCACGUGCCGCAGUUUCCUGGACAACGGUCACGCAGUGUUGACUCGGGUGCAUCCAGUGAUGAAAGCGGUAACUUCCUGGAGGUACCACGUCGUUUCCAACGACGGCGAUCCUCUGGAUCCAAAACGCCGUACUGCGUCCAUUGUUUAUGCGUGGAGGAAUACAACAAACAACGUGCAGCAGAGGAAGCAACAGACACUGCAGAUAAAGGUAGUUCAAUAAGCAUCAGCGAUGACACUACCUCCAGUGAUGAUGAACCUGAACCAGCAAUUAGUCGAACACAAACACAAUCUUCCUCUGAGGAACAACCAAUGCCAGAAUGUGCAAUAACAGUGACUCUAAGUCCGACGGUACCUUCACCGCCCAGGUCACCACCACCUUUACCAACAUCUCCUACCAUAGAAUGUUUUCCACCGGAUGAGAUGCCGCCCCCGACGCGUGAGCGUCGUAAAUCUAUACAAAGGCAGGAGGCAUUUGUUGCUGAUCCAAGCGGUAAUUCAUUAGAAAAUGUAUCAGACGGGGCAACAUCGGAGGUACCAUCUGAUGCCACGUCAGAUGGUGCGAUGUCUGAAGGAGAUCCAAUUACAAUACCUGGCGGGUUGGUUGUACGAGACAUUUAUCUUCAAGUACCCGACUUAAGACGUGAUCGCGCUGCUUCAGUCGAUUCGUGUUUUUCAAAGGUCUCACAACAAAAGACUGAAGAAUUACAACAUUCAGGUGUUAGUCUGGAGGUACCUGUUGGACCAAAUGUUGCACUACGGUCUAGAUCAGUUGACAUCGUGUUGCCUACAGAUGAACAAGCAAGGUACAAGGCGCUUGCUAUGGCAGCGCCACCUGGUACCUCCACCCAGUAUACAGCUAGAGGGAAAAGCGUUCCGGACAGCGGCGAACGCACACUCCGGUCGACGCCCGACUGGGCAGAAGCCGCGAUAAACGGCGAUCACCUAUGGGUGCCUACUUCCGUCUCGGGGGACUUCUGUUAUGUGGGCGAUAACGACUGCACGAAACACGGUCCAAGACUGAAAUGCUCCGCGUGUAAUGUUGUGGCACACCAGAGUUGCAUUACGAUAUUAGUGGAUCGGGUGAAGUUCACCUGCAAGCCCACGUUUCGUGAUGUUGGUGUACGACAAUACCGCGAACAGACCUGCAUCCAUCAUCACUGGGUCCAUCGACGGUCGGAGAAAGGGAAAUGUCGCAAAUGUGGCAAGUCGUUUCAAUCGAAGUUAUCCUUCAGCAAUAAAGAGAUCGUCGCGCUAAGCUGUUCGUGGUGUAAAGCAGCGUAUCACAACAAAGAGUCCUGCUUUGACAUUCAGCGCAUCGGCGAGGAAUGCAAACUUGGCGUGCAUUCCGGCAUUAUUGUACCGCCGUCGUGGAUUGUAAAGUUACCUCGAAAGGGGUCAUUCAAAUCCUCACUGAGGAAAUCUCCCAAGAAGCGAUCGUCAAGCAAACGACGCAAUAAAGAAAAAGAAAAAGAAACUCCCAAAACGUUCGUUCUCAAGCCAAUACCUUCGAAUAGCGUGCGACCUGUGAUAGUAUUUAUAAAUCCGAAAUCGGGCGGCAAUCAGGGUGCGAAACUGCUGCAGAAGUUUCAAUGGCUGCUCAACCCACGGCAGGUGUUUGACUUGACGCAGGGUGGGCCGCGGAUGGGUGUCGAGAUGUUCCGCAAGGUGCCAAAUCUUCGUGUGUUGGCGUGUGGUGGUGAUGGUACCGUUGGUUGGGUGCUCAGUGUCAUUGAUCAACUGAAUAUGAAUCCACGCCCAGCUGUGGGGGUUCUACCUCUUGGCACGGGUAAUGAUCUAGCGAGAGCAUUAGGUUGGGGUGGGGGUUACACAGAUGAGCCGAUCAGCAAGAUACUCUCAAAUGUCCACAACAGUGAUACCGUGUUACUGGAUCGGUGGAGUCUGGAUGUGGAGAAGAACCCCGAAGGAGAUGGAAAUGAAGGUGGUGGUAAAGAGAAUCUUCCUCUGAAUGUGGUCAACAAUUAUUUCUCGCUAGGAGUGGAUGCGCAUAUUGCGUUAGAGUUUCAUGAAGCUAGAGAGGCCCAUCCAGAGAAGUUCAAUUCAAGACUACGUAACAAAAUGUUUUAUGGCCAAAUGGGUGGGAAAGAUCUACUUAAACGGAAAUGGAAAGGUCUGGCGGAGUUGGUUACAUUGGAGUGCGAUGGAAAGGAUCUUACGCCCAAGUUAAAGGAACUGAAGGUGCAUGCUGUGGUGUUUCUCAACAUUCCAAGUUACGGUGGUGGUACCCAUCCAUGGAACCGUUCCAUGGGUGUGUCUGAACCUUCCACAGAGGAUGGUCUUAUCGAGGUGGUUGGUUUAACAACAUAUCAAUUGCCUCUCUUACAAGCAGGUGGACAUGGAACAUGCAUAACCCAAUGUCGACAAGCGCGUAUCGUCACCUCGCGUACGAUACCCAUGCAGGUUGAUGGUGAGGCAUGCAAACUAGCACCAUCCAUCAUAAAACUCUCACUGCUCAACCAAGCCACCAUGUUGGCGAAACGCCGCGGUGGUAAAGCCGCUGUGAUGCAAUCAGACCAAAUCACACCUAUGAAACUCAGCGUGAAUCGGAUCUGUAUGUCCGACUAUGAGCAACAUCACUAUGACAAGGAACUACUAUCACAAGCAGCACAACCUGUGGAUCAAAUUGAAGUCAGUCCAGCGGCAGAUCUCGAACAGGUACGAGUGCAGAUCAACAAACUACUCGGUGAGCCACUCAAGGAUUGGUGUUUCGUUGACUCGUGCACUGCCGAGCGCUUCUUCCGCAUUGAUCGUGCGCAGGAGAACCUCCACUAUGUCGCCGACAUCGCCACCGACAAUCUCUACAUCUUGGAAUGCGAGAACGCUCUGCCACCGACGCCUACCGACGACGAUACUGCAGUACCGUCGCCCAGCUCCAACCACUACGUUAUUCCAGAAAUGCGCGUCAGUGAUGAAGGUAGUUUAGACUCUCCCAGUGACCAUCCACCAAUGUCUCCGAAGGUGAUGCAGAGCCCGGAAGAAAUCGCCAAUAUUCAAAAUGGCGAUCGCAGCACUUCCGGCGUGAAGAUACGAAGCAUCACUGAUCGACUUUUUGGUCUCACCCAGGACUCAUACUCGUGCAUUAGCAACCUUUUGCAAUUCUUUUUAAGCAUGGUGGCCCGCCCUAGUGAAGCGUUGCUCAAGGCUGCCAAGGUGGGCGAUCUCCAAACGAUUAAGGAAUUACAUACACAAGGAUAUUCACUGCUCUCAAAAGAUGGCAGUGGUCAAACCGUGCUGCACAUCGCCGCCCGCUAUGAUCAAAAAGAAGUAGUGCGGUACCUCCUCAGUCAGGCCCCUAGUGUUCUGGUGGACAUGCGGGACGUAACGCUUGGUCAAACCGCGCUUCACAAAGCAGCGCAAUACAAGUGCCGCGCCAUCUGCUGCAUGCUCAUCGCCAGCGGGGCUUCACUCACCAUCACAGAUCUCAAAGGUCUCUCACCGCGUCUUCUUGCCAUUCAAGCAGAGGACCAUGAGCUUGCCGCCUACCUAGAAAGCCAAGAAAGGUAUCAGAUGUCGUCGGGGGACUUAGGACCGGUUUGAGCGUGAGCGGCGAUGCAAUAAACUUAAUUUCGUUAUUUGCGAGUACUACCUACAUAUUUACUCACUCACACACAUUGAGGUACCUCUCAGUGAACAUAUUUCAAGCAACAAAUAAAUGCGGGAGCGAUACGUUCAAUUCUCUUUCGAAUGCCUUAUUACUUAAUGAUAAAAUAUAUACUAUGUGUACUUAACUUUAAUACACCCUACAUUACGAGCGUUAACUUAUAAGAGACAAGCGACGAUCGAUGAUGCAAGUAAUAAAACAUAAGCAACAAGGUAUUUUCGCCUAUUGAAAACACAAAACACAGAUGAAAUACGUUUUAUGCUAAGCAGCAAGAGAAGAUAUUUAUGAUGAACGUGUACCUUAUCGAUAAACCUACGAAUAGAUGCCGCUGAUGUGCGGCCAUAGCUGUAACGACAUGUGAUAUACUUCGUUAUCGAAGUUUUCGUUUUAACUCGAUUUUGUUAAUAUUUUGAGAUGAUAAUAAGGAACUGCUAGUGACUUCUCUGAGGGCGCGUAUUUAAUUAACUAGUGUGAAUUUUACGUUGAGAUUAUUUUGCGCUAGGUAAAGUUAUACCCCCGGUGAGCUAAUUAGCUUCGUUCGGUCCCUUAAAAUGAACUAAUCUCCGCGCCAAAGUUUGCUUUGUGCGUCAAGACGCGCGCGUCUUAAUUUCACUUAAUAUUUGUUGUGCUUCAACGAAAGUUUCCCUCGUUAGCAGGUUAAAUUUAGCUUUAUAUGAAUAUUUCCGAGAGUAUAUUAAUUUUAUCGCGAUAUACUUGUUAUAAAAUGAUCUUGAAUAUUGAGUUCCUAUCGGCUUCGUUUUGGAAUGUGGUUAAUCGUUUUGCUCGUCCAGUUUUCUGAGAAUCUUCCAAUUCGAACAAUCAUUAAAUGUAGUCAGGAUGGAGGAAUAUAAAAUUAAUUACGAUAGUGGUAGUAGAUUAUUGAGGUAGUUAGAAACGAGCGAAAUUGCGUAGGUAUUUUAUGACCAUAUCAUUCAAAAACUUUGGACAUUCCUCGCAUUAUUUACUUACCUUUAGUUGUCGUGUUCGAGUGUUUGUAGAUCCGAACGUGUAUUACCAAUUUUGAGUUGUAGUUGUAAACAUUCGCUCCAUGCCCCGAAAUUGAUCAAAUAGCAAUGUUUAAUCCAUAGAUAAAAUCCUCUAUUUUGGCAAUACCGACGUCGUACUUGUAACUAAUUGAUUAGCAAAUAAUACGUAUGCGUGUGUGAGUGUGUGUUUUGUGUAUGAAACCAACCAACGUAUGAAAAGAUGUGGGAAGGGUUGAGGUGGUUUACUUUCCAAACCAUUAUAACUUUGUUACGCUAGUAUAAUUCAAUCAAUGAUAAUUCUAAAUAUGUCUAAUUAUAACCGCCUCUUUGUGACGGCAAACAGUGGACUAAUUAGGUUUUGAAUUGUUAAUUACGCACCUGAACGUUUCCCACACGAUUGCCGCCCCUGUGUGGCGCGCGUAUUGUAAUGUAAUUAGCAACGAACUUAAAUUUAACAAAAAAUAUUCAAAUGACAAUCUAUAAAUGAGAGUAAACGCGAUAACACUGUUUAAAUCCUGACCUAAAAAUGUAUUAAUGUUGAACGCUGUGAGAGUAUUACGCAUGAUUUCUGAACAAUAUCUAGGUAUAUCCCACUCGGGGAAUAUUCGAAGACGUUUGCAUUUCCGAAUCAAUAUUAUCUCAAUGUUACCGUAACCAAACAAACAAAAUACAUAUUCUGCAGAUUUAAUAGUGUUAUCAAUGAAACAAUUGAACAUAAUAUUAGCUCGUAAGGAUUCUGUAAAUAAGAGCAAAUUAUAAAAAUGAAGAUAAAAUGCUAUAUUAUACAUUUGUAAAUUAAGACAUUUUUAAACGUUGUAAGAAUUUGCAAUUCCAGUUGUUUUCAUUCUAGUUAACGUAAUUUAUUAUGAACAAAAUUUGAACUGCAUUAAGCAUAUAGGAUUUGAUCUUAAAUUUUAAACAAAUUGAAUAAUAUUGUAAUUAUGUAAGUCCAACAUUCGCGAAUUUAAUAUUUAAUGAACUCUCACACACCACUCACCGACACAUUACACACACGCUAAGAUAAUGUAUAUUAUGAAUUUCAAAAUGAAUCAAUUGUGACUAAUAAUGUAAAUAUAAAAAAAAAAACUGUAUAUAGGAAUUAAUUGCGGAAGGCACAGUAUUUUUCCAAAGGUGUAAACGCCACGAGCGUGCGAAAGACAUAAAGAUACCAACUUUUCGUGGAUUUUCGUGCGCGCGUGGCUGAUUUUUGCAUGUCGCGAUGGGAUUUCGUCCGCCCGUCAAGUGCCAAUUUGCAAGUUAAAUAUUCCACUCGGGUGCCGGAACAUCGACUGACGACACAACUAGAAAUAGAAGGAAACUGAAAAAAAAACCACACACACACAACUGGCAACACGUGCAAAGGUACAAAUUCGGCACGCCAUGUUUAACUUGCAAAUUCGUCCACUUUAUUUAUAUUAUCAAUAUCUGAGCCCACAUAUUUAUAAUAGAGGAAGCGGGUGGGCGAUUCCCAAGCUGACAUCAAUUUGCGAUGAUAAAUAUGUACGCCGAAUCGGUAUCCGUCUCGCAUUAUCGAAUUUUCACACAUUUCCAUAAUGCGAGGUGCGCCGAGCGUCGAAAAUAUGGUAAUACAUUAUGGCAACACAAGAAUAUGUACCGCCCUUACACACACACACAGAAGGAAGCAAACAUAAAGAACAAAAAUGUGAUUUUAGCAUAUUACGAUAUUGCAAACGUUGUUUGGAAAUUAUCGAAUAUAUUUUGAAAUACAAUGAUGGCAAAUAUGUGCAAUUUGUGGCGAAACACUGAUAAGAUGAAACGGCAAUGAGAGGAAGAAAAAAAUAAAAAUUGAACAGCACUGUGUGAAAACUAAUUUAAAACAUACAAAACCAAAACCAAAAAAAAAACGUGUUUAUAAUGCUCAAUUUGAUGUAAUUUAACCGGUUUCACUUUUAUCGGUGUGACUUGCCAUUCUGCGUGAAAAUGAUGAAAACAAACACCAACCAAAUGAAAACUUUAAACUUUAACUUUGUAUACAUAUAUUAUGACGAACUAGGUUUAAACUAUAUACGAAAGUUCUCACUAAAUUAUUGCCAAUGAAAUUUCUCGUUUGAAACGCGCGGUGACGCGUGCACCUUCAUCAAUUACGAACUAGCGGCGUAAUCAACACUACGAAAUUAUAAAACAUUAAUGAACGAGCAACCAGAGGGUCCAACCAAGAGUCAAAUAGAUGAAUUUAUCGCAACAUUGCACAUUUCAAUUAUAUCUAAUAUGAACAAACAAAAGAGUACAACUGCUGAUGCGGGGCGAUGGCUGGACGCAAUUGAUUUUCGCAGAGCUUCAGAACUUGACACAUAUAGAAAUAUAUUAUUACAUAUAUAUACCAUAUACCUUUGAAUACAUAAAGCUAUACCUACCCGAUAUUUGAACGAUGAAAUACUGAUGAAAAGUUUUAAUCAAUGUUUAACAAUGUACUACCAAAUGUCUUUAUUUUCUUAUCGAAUUGAAACAAUUAACUUGUAACGCCUAGCUCUAACAAUAUUGAUCAACUAAAACGAAUUAUAAUUAAGACAUACAUAUAUACCUAUAUAUAUUUGCACUUUUAAUGAAACGUUUACCGACCUGCGGGGCACUAUAUAUUUACACCAAACCAACUUUCCAUUUGCCAAUGAAUCAAUGAAUAUUCCGUGACGUAACUAUUCGAUAAGAGAUUGCAUUCGGUGUAACUGACGUCGAUUAUUGUUUUUGCCUGUAACACUUUGAUUUCAUCCACUCUCGACCACUGUUCGAAAUAAUUGAAAUGAAUGAUAUGUAUACAUUUUCUAUUUACUUAAUAUUGUACAUUUUAAAAAUAAAUCAGUUAUUAAUACAUGUAAA